UGCGGAGCUCGGCGCCGGCCGCGCGGCGGGAGGGUGGGAGGGGGCGGGCGGGGGGCGGCGGCGCGGCGGGACGGGAGCGCAGCGGAGCGGAGCUUCCCCUCGUCGCCGGGCACCAUGAUGGUGGGCAAGACCAGCGCCAUCGCGGCGGGCCUCUGCGGCGCCCUUUUCAUCGGCUACUGCAUCUACUUCGACCGCAAGAGACGGAGCGACCCCAAUUUCAAGAACCGGCUGCGGGAGCGAAGGAAGAAACAGAAGCUUGCCAAAGAGAGAGCAGGGCUUUCCAAGUUGCCUGAUUUGAAAGAUGCUGAAGCAGUUCAGAAGUUUUUCCUUGAGGAGAUUCAGCUUGGCGAGGAACUACUAGCUCAAGGUGAAUAUGAGAAAGGUGUUGAUCAUUUGACCAAUGCCAUUGCUGUGUGUGGACAGCCGCAGCAGCUGCUACAAGUUCUACAGCAGACACUUCCACCACCAGUGUUUCAAAUGCUUCUAACUAAGCUCCCUACAAUAAGCCAGAGAAUUGUAAGUGCACAGUGCUUGGCUGAAGAUGAUGUUGAAUGAGGUCACACCACCACAGGGGGGAAAAAUGUUUUCUUACCCCAGAAGAUGAGCAUCACUAGGGGGAUAAAGGGGCAAACAUAGUAGUUAAUGGACUGUGUACCACAUCGGGUUCUACCAGAGUUAAAAUUAACUUUGUGUAGGUGGGUUUCACAGGAUUUUAUUUAUUAUCCCAGUGAAAAGUGUAUUUUGAUAAGAAUUCAUUUUAUAAAUACACUGUGUUGAGUUAUCAAAGUAUCACUAACUUCAUUAUUAUUAAAAUAUGCAGUUGUAAUGUUGUACAUAUAAAGACAUAAAACUACGACCUAUUAAAAACCCAAUGCUCAUUUUUGAAAAACAAAGUUAUGGCAAUAAAGAUUUAUCUGCA